AUGGAAUCUGCGUCUAAGGUCUCUCACUCGUACUCCCACUCUGCAAUGGACGGCGGGCAUGCCGACCACGGCACGCAGGAAAUGUGCUCGAUGAAUAUGCUAUUCACAUGGAACUACAAGAACACUUGCGUCGUAUUCAAAUGGUGGCACAUUCGAAACGUGUGGCACUUAUUGGUGAGCAUGGCUGCAAUCGCGAUACUAGCGUAUUUGUAUGAAUAUUUGAAAUACUACUCCACCAAGUCUGUCGCUCCCCACAGCACCAACGCGGGAAGAACAAUGAAACUCAAAAAGGCCGUCUGGUACGGUGCUUCUGUCGGGUUCUCAUUCAUGCUGAUGCUGGUUUUCAUGACUUACAAUGGGUGGUUAAUGCUGGCAGUCGUUUUUGGAGCGGCGUGGGGUCACUAUGCCUGGGCCGGUUUGUCCGAAAGCAGUGCUCGGACGUUAGCAUGUCAUUGA